UAUCAGAUGAGCGUCUGUGCCCACGGUCAGUGUGUGUGUGUGUCUGUGUGUGUGUUCAGUCAGUAGCAUGGCGUAUCUCGGCUACCUGCUGCUCAGCACCGCUCUCAUCCACACCGCCCAGCCUCUACCUGCAGCGCAUGGAGGGGGGCGUGACCUGGACUUGUCAGUGGGUGGAGUCAGACGCCAGCGCAGAGCCCUGCUGCCCUAUGAGGAGCAAAUGAUGUCAUAUCCUUACACACAAGGGGGAGGCGGGGCCAAUGACCUGUACUACCAAUCAGAUGACUGGAAGGGGAGGGGCUUGAACCAGGCCCUGCAGCGACUGGUGGACAGAGACCAGAGGAGGGAACAGGAAGAGGAGCAGCGAGCAGCCUACCUGGCCGCUCUGCUACGCCUCCUGAAUGAGGCAGAGAGCGUGGGAUUGGUCGGCCCGGAAGACAUGGCGGUUGUUGAGGAAGAAGAGGAUGAGGAGGAUCAGAUGCCCCCUGGGGACUUCCAGGGCCAGGUCCCCGCAGACUAUGAUGAUACAGGGCGGGGUAUGAGCAUGGGGAGGCCCCAGGCUGCAUGGUGGGGCCUCCUGGAGCCCCAGCUGGCUCAGACCUUGGUGGACAGGAUGGAGCCCCAGCUGGUUCAGACCCUGCUGGAGAGAGCGAGACAGGAGAAAGUCCAACAGACAGGACGAGGACUCAACAGAGACCAGGACACUCUGAGACGGAUGGUUGCUAGGAUACUGUCCAGCAUCGGCCCUAACAACGCCCCGGUGACCUCAGGUCGCCGAGCGAGGAGAGACCUGUCCGUCACCUCGAUUGAACCCAUUAGCUCCUCCCACAAGAGAACUCGCCGUUCCCUUGAAGACCUGACCCCUCCAUCACCUAGCAAUGACCCCCCACUCCUCAGGGUGAAGAGGCUGGAGGAGGAGGAGGAGGAGGAGGAGGAGAAACUCCGCCCCCUCACCGCUGGGCUGCAGAGGAUGAAACGCAUUGACACCAUGGCAACCGCAGCAGAGGAAGAACUGAAUCAUGGGAUUCGUAGGCGCCGGAGGAGAGCCGCCAUGAAUUAUGACCCCCAAAUAUUGAUCGAUCAGAUUGUGAAUUACAUGAGGGAGUGAGAGGAGAGGAGGAGAGGAGGAGAGGAGGAGAGGAAAGGAGGAAUAUUUUGUCGUUCUUUAAGUUUCUCAUUUCUGUUUAUGUAAAAAUGUUUUUUGCUGCUUUAGGUCAAAAUAAAUCAUAACCAGUCGUUCGUUGUUAAAUGAGGGGGGGGGCUAAAUGUGACCUCUGAGUUUUCACGACUGAUAACUCACAGGUCAUGACCUCUUGUCCUAUUGAUCUAAUAUUUCCUAAACGUUUCCUGAAUGUUUCAUGAAAACAUCUAAGAUUUGUGACAUCAUAAGGUCAGAGUUGUGACAUCAUCAUGUAGUUGAAGCUGCAAACUGCGAUUUAAAGAGUGAAACACAAACAAUCAGAUUUUCUCUCUGUUCAAUGGAAAAUUUUGAAAAACUGUGUCAAAAAUUUACUUUUAAAUUAAAGUAAAGUAUCAGAAGGUUUUUCUAAAGGUUUCCAGAAAGAAGCUGAGGUCAUGGUUCACAGAUCAAAUCAGAGAAAUAUGUCAAAAUUCAACUUAAAGUUUAAAUUAUGAAUUAAGUUUAGUUUGAAAGAAGAAAAAACGGCUGUAGAAACAGCUUCAGAUAUGAAACACUACAGUGACCAUCAGCCUCAGCAGCUGUCUCAUGGUGAUGAGCUUUAGUAUCCUCCCUGAGCCUCUUUAAAACU